GUGUUCAGUUGUCUGACGAGUUUUUUGGGUGCAUCACUCUUUCGUAGGCUUGCACCUUUAUGGAUAUUUAACGUUAGCCUACUAGAGGAGUUUCAUGAUUGAAACAGGCACCGCUUCCCUCCGGUUACGCAUUUGCCAGAUUGGACACAGACAACAGGGAAAAAUAGACACGAUUAUAGUCCAUCGACUUCAGAACAUCACUUCAGUCAGGACAAAUUUCAUUUUCGCCUUCAUGGAUGGUGAGCGCAAAUCUGACAUGUAGGAUACUUCUGUUGGCUUUAUAAUGUAAAAAUGUAUGCAUAAACUUUUUUAUAUCUGAAGCGGUAAGCAUUUUAUGAAAUAACGACAUAUUUGUUUUCAAAACCUUUUUAUAUAAACUGGGUAAAUCAUUUUUGGUUUAGGCUAAAUAUUUCGGGCCAAAAAUCUAUUAAAUUACGCAAUAGGCCCAUCCUUCUAUUUUUUAAAGAUAGGUCUAAUUAGCUGACUCUUUGUUUUGUUAAACGCCAAUAGGCCGAUGACUUUAAAUUAUUGUCAAUGAAUUUGGUCAAUAAGCUUACGUUUUCACAAACCUCAUUUUUACAACUCAGACGGCCAAUCGCCGUAAACGCCGUUUUUUUGGACUAUGGAGAUUCCGGUUGGAUUAGGAGGAGUUUGUGACUCCCCAAACCUAGUUUUUCGCGGACCUUUCCAAAACGUUUUCCACAACGUGCAAGCACUGCCGAGUAACACGACUGUUACUGAAAGCUUGGACUUUUGUAGUUCAAAGUAUAGUUUCUUGCAGAAUAAACAACCCUGGGAGAUGCGCCAAACGAGCCGGCAAUCAUCCCGAAAAGAAAUAUGGUCAGGAACGGCUCGCAAUUCUGAUAUUGAAGUGAGGGAAGAUGACAGCGUUUGCUUUUCCAGAACACUCGAAUCAGUGGCAUGUCGUAUUCAUUUUGCCAAAAGCUCAAAAGGGAACAUAGCCGGAUUUUCCUCUUUGAACGAAUCAGACAAUCCAAACGCGAAUGAAUACGGAUCGUGUCGCUCUGGACAGCAAGUCUCCAACACGGAACAACAGUCCUGUCAACCCUCUGUGUCCCAUCACGGAAAUGAGUUAAAUCAUAACAGUGAGGCCUGUGUGGCGAGCAGUUGCUCCAGUUCUGCCUGCAGCACCAUCUCAAAAACGGCGAGGGAGCUCUGCAACGCUGUCUCUGUGUCACUGGGAUUGACCAUGGACGCAAAUGAGAUGACUGACCUGGGACCUAAUCACGCACCAUCCAGCGUAAAUCACCAAAGUCAAGGAAACUAUUUGUUUGAGGUGCCUCUAUUGAAAUGUUCUGGAGCUGGAGAAAACGUCUCCAUAACAGAAUACAAUUUCCCCAGUGAGCGGAAUGCCAAGCCACUACAAAGUGAUAAACAACUAGUUGAGAUGUUUCAACGUUCCCCUGCAAACAACCUUACAGAAAAAGUGGCGACCAUACAGCACCUUAGCUCCGGACAUCCAUCCACAGAUGAACAGGAGUUUAGACUGAAUGAAAACAGGGAUGACCCGACUUCAAAAGAAACAGAUCAUUUUCUGAAUACAGGAGCUCGUUCAGCGUCUUAUCAUUUUGACCAACUGUUGCCAGCACACUUGGCACACUUCAGUCAAACCGAAACAGACAGAAACUCUUCUCAUGUGUUCUACAAACCCCCAGCACAUGUCGGUGAAACUGGAGAGACUAUGGAGGACAAAUAUGCUGACUACUUACAACAACAGUACAGUGUCAAGAUAAAAUCUGAGACCUUUAAUAGGCAUAAUGAACCUGCCGGAACGUCAUGGGACUUUCAGUACAGGUAUAAUGACAAUGACAAUACACAAUAUGGACCGAGGCAGGGUAUGAAUUCAUACAUUGCGGGACCGGACAUUGCGUUAAUUUGUAACCCUCAUGAAUAUGAGAGGGGUGGUGGACUCGUGCCCAGAGAGCGGCCAACUCCUGAGCAGUGGUACCCGGGCGAGAUGCUAGGGAGGUUGCCCUAUCCCAACUCCCCAUGCAUAAAGAAUGAGGUUGGUGACAGUCUGGAUGUCUCUUACACAGAUGCCAGGUUUGAGGGUGGCAGCGACCACAUGUACCCCAUGGAGUUCUUCUUCCCACCCCAGAGGACCUGUCUGAUCUGUGCAGAAGAGGCAUCUGGCUGCCACUAUGGAGCACUCACCUGUGGCAGCUGCAAAGUGUUCUUCAAGAGAGCCGCAGAAGGGAAACAGAAAUACCUGUGUGCCAGCAGAAAUGACUGCACCAUCGAUAAGCUGAGGAGGAAGAACUGCCCAUCAUGUCGACUGAGGAGGUGUUUUGAAGCUGGGAUGACCCUCGGAACACGUAAACUGAAGAAGAUUGUACAGCUGAAGAGUCCGGAGGAGGAUCUGCCCACCCAAGGCCCCACUGAUACCAUCCAGGGAGUCUCUCCCCAAUCCGGCCUGAGCUUCCAUUCCCAGCUGGUGUUCCUUAACAUCUUGGAAUCCAUUGAGCCAGAGGUGGUAAAUGCGGGACAUGACCAAUGCCAGCCGGACUCAGCUGCAGCGCUGCUCACCAGCCUCAACGAACUCGGGGAGCGCCAACUUGUCAAAGUGGUCAAGUGGGCCAAAGGCUUGCCAGGUUUUCGGAAUCUGCAUGUGGAUGACCAGAUGACAGUCAUCCAGCAUUCAUGGAUGGGGGUGAUGGUGUUCGGCUUGGGAUGGAGGUCCUACAAGAAUGCCAACGGCAGAAUGCUCUAUUUCGCCCCGGACCUUGUUUUCAAUGACCAUCGGAUGCACAUCUCUAGCAUGUUCGAUCACUGCAUACGGAUGAGACACCUCUCCCAGGAGUUUGUCCUGCUGCAAGUCACUCAGGACGAGUUCCUCUGCAUGAAGGCCCUGCUCCUCUUCAGCAUCAUUCCAGUGGACGGUCUUAAGAGUCAGAAGUACUUUGAUGAAUUGCGGCUGACCUACAUCAAUGAACUUGGUCGCGUCAUUAACUACGGAAGGAAGUCCAACUGCUCUCAGAGGUUGUAUCAACUCACCCGUCUCAUGGAUUCCCUCCAACCGGUUGUGAGGAAACUCCAGCAGUUUACAUUUGAUCUGUUUGUCCAGGCCCAGUCUCUGCCCACCAAGGUCAACUUUCCAGAGAUGAUUGCAGAGAUAAUCUCAGUACAUUUGCCAAAGAUCCUGGCAGGCUUGGCCAAACCAAUCCUGUUCCACAAGUAGCAGGAUUUGCCAUCAUACUGAGAAAACAAUCCAAUCCUGUUCCACAAGUAGCAGGAUUUGCCAUCAUACUGAGAAAAAAAUCCAAUCCAAGCUGCCUCUAUAUACUUCAGCCAAGGCUCUGUAGUGUUUCCCUUGUAAUGUUCUCUCUCUCCCAUUUUUUUUUUAUAU